CGACGUGGAAAGUUUUGCUGCACCAACUCAGAGUCCGAUCGCUGCGGUCGAUCAUGUUCAUUUUGUGCUCCUUGCAGCGUGACGUACAACUUGCGUGAAAAAUAUAUAAAAAAAAAUCAACGACACGCCAAGCCUCUUCACAAAGGGCUACAUGAUGUACUUGUAUUAAAUGCACCUUGUUGGCGAUCGAAUUCCGGCUCCAGCUACAUGUACAGUAUAAGAGAGGAAGUAGCAACCGAAUUGUUCUGCUGGCAGGUUUACGUUUAAGUGUUUCAUGAUCACCGAAAAAUUAACAUAAUCAAACGCCCUAACACACCGAACAGAAAAAAUGGGACCGUCUCAGGGGUUCACACGCGGGCGCUGUACGGUACAUGUAUUGGAUGUGCUGCAGAAGCUCUCACUCUUUAUCGUACUCCUUCAUUAAACGUUCUUGCUGCAGCUCAACAAGACUUGAUAGAGAUGGAGACACAGAACGAGGAAGGCGUCCUAAUCGACAAGCACCAUUCUCAUCAUCGCGUUGGUGUUGCUCGUGGAUGCCGAGAUUUCUGGACUGGAGUGACUGUGAUCCCAACUUUUGUGCUAGUGCUGCUCGGUCUACUCGUGUUUGGUCUCGCCAUGGAGACGCAUAUUAUCUCGUGCAUGCCGCCAGUUGCUGUUCUAAACGAGGAAGAGGUUUGUGCUCCUCAAGUCCUGAAUGCCAGCACCAUCGAGUAUCAUUCCGGUCACCGAUACUACUCAGCGUUGAAAGAGAUGGAUCCACCCAUCGCCCCAACUUUUCGCGGAAAGCACACUGAGUUAUGCGAUGAAGAAGCGAGGACAAAGUCGAAGUACAGCUACUGCUUGCCGAUCUCCGGUCGGAAGGACACGCCGUUCUGCACGGCUGGAGAUCGCACGGACCUGCUCAAUAUUCGGUCUCCUAAGUCUGUUUGUUACGCAAGUGUACUGCACAUGUUGAUGGUCGAAGUCUACGAAGAGCUCAAGGCGUCGGGGAACAUUCCACUCAUCACAUUCGGCUCGUUAUUAGGAGCUGUACGCAACGGAUCGAUGAUCCCGUUCACAGAAGACACAGACAUUGGAUUCGUGAACCAACUCAACUCGAAAGAAGUAUUGAGGCACGAGUUGUGGCAGAAGGGUUAUCACAUGUUCUUCCUGGACAUUUGGCGAGUGUGCCUGGCUCCGAAUCACCCGCUAGCCCCUCGUCUCUAUGACCCGAGCUUGCCGCUGACCAAGAACUUUGCUGUGCCGUACGUCGAUCUAUACCAGAUGGGGAAACUCAGCAAUGGCUACUGGGACAUCCAAGAGCUCCAAGGCAGCAAUGGUCGGUGGAUACCGUUCGACAAGGUAGAACCGUUCACGCAAGUGACGAUCAACGGGAUGCCGUUCGACACCGUUCAUGAUCCUCAUUUCUUUUUACGAGAGGCGUACGGAUCGGAUUACAUGACACCCAAGCAACGACUACCCCCUCCGGUACAACAAGUCACCAACAAACUAAGAGAAGCAGCCAUGAGACUCACAAAAGGUGCAACACCAUAAACCAAAUAUUUGAAAAGGUACCACAUCAAUAGUACACGAAUUCAUUUGUAUUUUCAACUUGGAA